AUGACAUCGCAGAAGAAGAGCGAGCUGGACGUGGUGCUGAGGAGGCUGAACAGGAACGACCCGCGGCUGGCCGACCUGAGCCUCAGCUGGAUCGAGUGCGGAGACUUUGGGGCUGACCUCCUGGCGCAUGCGCUCAAGGUGAAUGUGAUCUUACGGGAGCUCGACCUGUACCACAACGACAUCGGCCCACAAGGCGCGUCCUCCCUUGCGCGGUCGCUCGAGACGAACAGCACGCUGAUGUCGCUGAAUCUGGACAUGAACAACAUCGGAGACGAGGGAGCCAACGAGUUUCUGCAUGUGCUCAGACGGCACAACACCUCUCUCACCAAGCUCACCCUGGCGAACAACCACGUC